UUCAAAUAAUUUUUCUGUGCGUGAAUACCCAGUUCCAAGAUGAAAUGCGCUGUGUAAAUGAAGAAAUGCACCAUCACAAUUAAAAUGAAUCGGUACUUUUGAUUUUUGUGUACAGUGUGUAUCACAUUCUGGAAAUUAACUGUACAAUGGGCAAAACCGUCCCGAAGAAUGAGGACUCAACUGAUUACAUCAGUUCGUGUAUGGAGAAUUUCAAUUGGAGUAUAUUUGAGAAAGAUUUCGCUGAAUAUCAUAACGCAAAAGAAAGAUUUUAUUCUCAACAUUAUCUAAACAACAUGGAUCUGAACGAAGACGACUUAUAUUUGGACAAUUUGAUAGUCAAGCUUUGUGAUGAAGAGGAAAUCGAAAUUGAUAAUGAAGCAUCUUUGUUGUUUCGCCUAUUAUUUAGAGCUGACUUCAUACAACUAUCUCAGAAGGUGAGACCAAACUUCUAUAAAAGGAUAUGUACACACUUUAUCCUCACCAAUAAAAUAGAGGACAUACUAGAGCUUGUGGAUGAUCUUGAUUUAAUUUCACAUGUGAAGAGCGAGAUUUUUAUGAACCUGAUGAAGAUUCUGAACCUGAAAAUUACUAUCGACAAAAAUUGUUUGACGCUUAAUUAUAUAGCAAAGGGAUCUUGGUAUGGACUCCACAACUUGAGCCAAAUCCAUCAAAUGAUUAUAUCACCAUCUGCUUUCAAAGUAGUGCUGGAAAAAUUCGAUCUCAAUUUUUAUCACUUAAAUUUCAUACUUAGAUUACUGCAAAUAAAAAUAUUAACCUUGAGUGGUUGUAACUUGAACUGGAAGGAGGAAGGAAAUAUCCUGAAUGGAUUGAAUCUAAGAAUACUGAAUAUGUCCAGUUGUGGGACUAGUGUCAAUAAGAUCGUCGCAGAAAAUUUCGAAAACUUCAGGGAAAAUCUAACAGAUUUGAACGUUUCAGGGUGUCCACUGUAUAAUACCACCUUGGAACUCAUAGCGCAGCUCAGUUUGAAUGAAUUGAACAUAAGAGGUUGUAUCAAGAAGAAAGGAUACUUCGUAGAAAACAUGUGGAUGGAAUUCGCUGAUUUCAACAUUUCAGAAGUAUGCGAUGUUGAUAUAAACUUGCUAUGGGCAGAGGUAAAUUUGAGGAAUUCCCUGAAAAAACUGGACGCCAGCCUCAACCAUCUGGACUAUGCAGAUAUGGAGGAAAUUUUGCAGUUGAAUCUGGUGGAGCUGAAUGUGGAACGAACGAGCGAAAUCUGGGAUGGGGAUUGUCGAAAUUUAUGGCGAAAUCCCCUACAGAACCUGAAACGGUUGAGAAUACGAGAUAUAGAAAUCGAUUUUUCCUUUUUGGCAACUCUGUUCGAAUUGAAGUUGGAAGUGUUGGAAUUCACGUACGACGCUGUUAAAAAUUUCAAUAAUUUCUCGGUUCUACUUGGGGCGCCUAUGGCUGAUAGUUUACGAGAACUCACGAUAGACUUGCAAAAUCACUGUCAACCAUUCAUCCACUUCCUGUCGCAUCUGAAACUAAGAUAUUUCGAAUGCAAACUUGGAACUUGGUACUACUACAACUUCGACGUGUUUUGGAACGGUAAAAAUCGAAAAUAUUUGAAGACUCUUAUUCUGAAUGAUGGUAAGAUAUCAGAGACUGACGCUAGGGGUAUCAGUGCGUUGGAAUUGGAAACUUUAUCCUUGUUUCCGUUCCUGUUCGAUUCCAAAGAGCAUAUUUUGGCGAUACUGAGCAGUGAAGUUCUUCGAUAUUCGGUCGUGGAUCUGAGAAUGGGUGGGGCGUAUGAGGUAGACAGUGAUCAUUUGAAUUUAUUGAUCAAGUUCAAUCAGUUGAGGCGACUUUCACUGAAGAUAUCGGGAACUAAUCUGACUCGAGCGUUUGCGACAAAAAUCGAACACUUCAAGAACCUCAGAGAGCUCAAACUGAAGGUUUAUAUCGGGUUAAAUAUGGACGAACAAGCAGCGAACGCCUUGUGCAAUCUACCGAAUGGGACUGAUUUAACCAUCGUAUUAGUUGGAUUGGGAAAAAAGUGGCCGCUUUCCUUUACAGAACAAGCUUCCCGAGUUUUCAACAUGAAAAAUUUUCUGUAUGAUUCCGAAAUUCCCGUACAUCUGGAACUGUCAGACUGCACCUUGGAUUACAGAUGCGGAAGGAUAUUCAAUAAAUUCAACAUUGAAUCGUUGAUCCUGAAUUCCUGUGUACUUGAGAAUUUUCUGCCCAGUUUUCUUGAGGAAAAAAUCGUUUACACCCUUCAGUAUUUGAUCAUGAAGAGAGUAGACAUAGAUAAUGGUCAGUUGAUGAUGUUAAGAAAUUUAUGUUUGAACGAAUUGUCCGUUCUGACCUCCAUGGACGACUUUGGAUACAACAAGUUACCCAUUAUUUUGAGUGAUGGUGCAAUAUCCAAAUCAUUGAGUGUAUUGAGGUUAGGUCCAUAUUCUUGUAUUCCCUAUAUUCAGUAUAUGUUGAAGAGCAAAAUGUCUGUUUACGAGUUAUUUCCAAUUUAUUUGCUUUGAAUGAUUUUAUUAUUUGUGUCGUGAA